AUGGGCUUAUUACUGCGAUGCUACUUAACGCUCGCCGCCUUGACUUGGGGCACUGCCAGGGCUCAGGGAGAGUACUGUCACGGCUGGGUGGACGCUGCCGGCAAUUACCAGGCGGGAUUUCAGUGCCCGGAGGACUUCGACACUGUGGACGCCACCAUCUGCUGCGGGUCGUGUGCUCUGCGCUACUGCUGCGCCGCCUCUGAUGCCAGGCUGGAGCAGGGCGGCUGUACCAACGACCGGGAGCUGGAGGACACCGGCGUCACUGCGCAACCAGUUUAUGUCCCAUUCCUGAUUGUUGGAUCUAUAUUUAUUGCCUUCAUCAUUGUGGGUUCUUUGGUGGCUGUCUACUGCUGCACAUGUCUACGACCAAAGCAGACUUCUCAGCAGCCAAUGAGGUUUACAUUGCGGACUUACCCUCCAGAAUCUCUUCCUAUGAUUCUCACUGGUACUGCCUUACGAACUCCAUCCAGACAGUCCAGCACUGCCACUAGCUCCACGUCAACUGGAGGAUCAGUACGUAGACUCUCCUCCUCCAGGACAGACCCUGGAUGCCUAGUGACCUCACCACCUCCUCCGUACUCUUCAGCACACUCCAUCCACCUGAAUCCAUCAUCUACUUUUCUGGUCCCCACACAGUACUUCUCUUACCCACUGCAGGCAGAUGGAAACCCAAACAAAGCCUUCCCUGAUUUCCGGCAGUAAGAGGGACUGGAGAUCUGUGGAGCUUCGCUGAAUAAAGAAAAUUAUUGUUGUGU